AUGCCGAAUUUGGAGGUUCUAGGCCCAGCCGUUCCAGAGAUACGAGGUGGAAAGAAAAUUUUGUCAACCAGUAUAGGAGUGGUUUCACUUGGAACUCCCUUGCAAGACUUCAAUGUGGCCUUUGACUUGAGCAGUUCUAUUUUGUGGGUUCCGUCAUCCAGCUGCAAGUGCGACGAUGAUUGUGACAUCCGUAAGGUUUAAAAGUCUACAAGAAAUCAGUCCUUGUGUUAGAGCGUUUUCAUUGCAGUUAUGAAUUUCAGCCGAGAUCUGUGCCGAGCAAUGCAGUGCCCACUGCUGUGGAAGUGGAACCAUUCCCGAAGACAUCAUUCCUGAGGAUCACGAAGACGAAGACUUGUCGGGAACUUGUACUCACAAGCUUGCCUUUGACAAGGACGCUUCGAAAAGUUUUAUUCCCAGUAAGUUGGAUACAUCAUAGUAAAAUAAGUGUUCUAUCUUAUAUGCCGCCCAAACCUUACUGUUAUUUUAGCUGGGAAGACUUCUAAAGUAGUUCUUGACAAGACGCAUCUAACAGCAGACUUGGUCUACGAUCACCUAAGUCUUGGCCCGCAUCAUCGCCCUGGAUUGACUGCCAAAAACAUUAAAUUCGGACUUGUGAACAAAUUCCCAGGUUCAUAUGACAACACUCAAUUCGAUGGAGUCUUUGGGUUGGCGAUUUCUGGAGCCAACAACGAAAAGAGCGUCGUCGGACAGCUGGCCAGCAAGCAUCUCCUUCCUCAUCCAGUUGCUACUCUCUGGAUCAAUGGAAACCGUACAACCUCUAUUGUCGAUGGAGUUAUUUCCUUCGGUUUCCUUGAUGACAGAACGUGCCAAUUUGAUAUUCUGUCGUAUGUGAAAUUGUCCGCCCAGGACGCAUGGGAAUUCCCUGUAUUCCAAUUUGUACAAGGAGGGAGAAUAAUUCACAAAAAAGUUGAAAUUGUAGGUAAAAUGUGAUUUCAAUUACUACGCUUGGGUCUUGGGGGAAAACUCUCAAUUCAUGCAUUGAGAAGUCAACACAUUUCUUUUACCAAUAGUCUGCGUGCCUAUCAAAUUAUUGCUUAUUUCUUUGCUUCAUAACCGUCAUUUCAGGGAGUCCUAGACCUCGGCCAGAGAGACCUGACUGUUCCCAAGGCAGCCUUUGAGAAAUUUCUAGUCGCUUUCAAUGCAUCCAAAGAUCCGGUUAGCGGUCAAUACGUGGGCAAUUGCGAACCUCAAGGAGGGAUUUUUCUCAGCUUCCACAUCGGCCCUGAAUUCUACAGCUUGCACAAGUCACAAGUGACCAGUGAAGUUGGAAAUAAGAAGUGUCAGUUGCACAUCAACGCAGCUGAAAGCAAAGACAGACAUCAAUACAGAUUUGGAACCGCCUUCCUUGAGAAAUUCUGCGCCGUUCUGGACUUUAAUGGACGCUUGGGACUGGCGCCUGUUAAGGAAAUAAUUGCUGUUGUUUAG